AUGGGUCGCUCAGUUUCUGAUGUGGGCGAGCCAAAAGAAUCAGAUAUAGUCAGUCAUACAUCCUCACAUCGUCAGAGGGAUAAUGUGAAGGCAGUUCACAAGGUGGGUCUCCCCACCCGCAAGAAGCUUGGUACCGAGUUCAAAGAGACCGUGAAGGAGACUUUCUUCCACGAUGACCCGCUGCGCCCUUUCAAAGGUCAAUCCAAAGGGAAGAAGGUGCUCUUGGGUUUGCGGGCAGUCUUCCCCAUCCUUGAGUGGGGGAGGCGCUAUAAUUUCAGCAAGUUCAGGGGGGAUCUUAUCGCUGGACUUACCAUUGCUAGUCUGUGCAUUCCCCAGGUAACAAAUCUAGAUGAGAUACAGUCCCCACAUCGUUGUCAGCGCCAAAUAUUUUUUUUUGACAACGCAUUUUCACGGUAUCUGUUGUAGGAUAUUGGAUAUGCGAAGCUAGCUAACCUAGAACCACAGUAUGGGCUCUGUGAGAUUCUAAUGCACCCUAAGUCAAAAUAUUCAACCUAACAUCACAUAUUUUCUUCAACUUAACGACUUUUCCUCUCACAUUUUUCAGACACGAGCUUUGUUCCCCCGCUAAUCUAUGCAGCCAUGGGAAGUUCAAGCGAGAUCGCUAUUGGACCUGUGGCUGUGGUAUCGCUUUUGUUGGGUACUCUUCUCCGGGACGAGAUUGAUCCAGACAAACAUCCAACGGAGUACAGGAGGCUGGCAUUCACAGCAACAUUUUUUGCCGGUGUCGUUCAAGCCGGUUUGGGGCUCUUCAGGUAACUUUAUAUCAAAUUUAGCAAGUCAUCAGUGGUAUUAAUCCUUUUAAGCUUUACUGUCUAUAUAUAAUUAAUAUUUCAUGCCAUUGUAAACUAAAUAUUAUUGUCUAACAGCUUUGGAAUACCAUGCUUCUUUAGUGGGUAGUUCCAUAUAUUUAUGAUAAUCUUAUGCAUUUUAUUGUUGCCAUAUUUCAGAUUGGGCUUCGUGAUCGAGUUCUUAUCCCAUGCUGCUAUUGUGGGGUUUAUGGCAGGAGCAGCUGUAACCAUUGCCCUCCAACAGCUUAAGGGCCUUCUUGGCAUAGGGAAAUUUACGAAGAAGACCGAUAUCAUUCGAGUUAUGCAGUCUGUUUGGGGCGCAGUCCACCAUGGGGUGGGAAAUAAUCCAGUCUCUCUCCAGUCUUGACUAAUCAUAUAUCCCUGUUUCUCACCAAGUGUUAGAUUCUUUUCAGUGGAACUGGCAGACGAUACUCAUUGGUCUCUCAUGCUUGGCUUUCCUUCUUGUGGCAAAAUAUAUCGUAAGAAUCCAAAUCUUUUACCUACAUCCCUUAAGUUAACUCAUGAAAAAAUCUAAUCGUGUCCCCUAUCUACUCAAUCAGGGAAAGAGGAAUAAGAGACUCUUCUGGGUGCCAGCAAUCGCCCCAUUGCUCACCGUGAUUUUAUCAACGUUCUUCGUUUAUAUUACACGUGCCGACAAGAAGGGCGUAGCUAUUGUAAUUAUUGACCUCUGAAUCGACACUAGAAAGCUCUCCAUUUGUCUUCAUCGAACUUUUAGCCGAUGCUAAAACCCACGUUUACAAAUGACAGGUGAAUCAUAUCAGGAAAGGCGUCAAUCCAUCAUCUGCUGAUAAAAUUUACUGGACCGGCUCGUACACCCAGACAGGCUUCAAGAUCGGCCUUGUAGCCGGCUUGGUGGCUCUGACGGUCCGUCAAUAACAUUUAUUACCCUUCUACUUGCCACGUCCUAGGUAUUUACGCUUAAUUCAAACCUUACCAGUAGAGGUAUUGCAGGAAGCUGUUGCCAUUGGGAGAACGUUUGCCGCCAUGAGGGACUAUCAUUUGGAUGGAAACAAGGAGAUGGUAGCCCUAGGAACUAUGAACAUUAUUGGUUCAUUGACUUCAUGUUACAUUGCUACGGGUAAGAAGACAUAUUUCCAUUCGAUGAAUUGACGUCAAGUUGCUUCACCGUCAGAUUUUUAUUAAAAUUUGACGUCUUUCCUUCCCAGGAUCCUUCUCUAGAUCAGCUGUGAACUUCAUGACUGGUUGCCGAACAGCCGUCUCCAAUAUUAUUAUGUCCUUGGUUGUGGUCCUCACAUUGGAAGUGAUCACACCCCUCUUCAAGUACACCCCAAAUGCUGUUCUUGCAGCUAUUAUAAUAAAUGCGGUGCUUGGGCUGAUAGACUUUGAAGCUGUAGUAAAGCUUUGGAAGGUUGAUACGUUCGAUUUCCUCGCUUGCAUGGGAGCAUUCUUUGGAGUCAUUUUUGUGUCCGUUGAAAUUGGGCUCCUAAUCGCCGUGAGUAAAUUUCAUCGUUUAACUUUUAUAAGACUUUAAAAGAAAUGGAUGUAAUGGGUACAUGAAAAUGCAUUUUUUUGGUUUUCUUCUUCAUAGGUGGCCAUAUCAUUUGCGAAGAUUCUCCUCCAAGUGACGAGACCAAGGACUGCCUUACUUGGGAAUCUUCCUGGAACUAACAUAUACAGGAAUGUUGAGCAAUACCCUGAGGCGACAAAGGUUCCUGGAGUUAUGGUUGUGAGAGUUGACUCAGCAAUUUAUUUUUCCAAUUCAAAUUACGUGAAAGACAGGUAUAAAUUCCUUAUGAGCGUUGAUUAAGUAGAUCAGACAUUUUUUUAAAAGAAUAAUUCACCAGAUUCAAAGGUAGAAAUUAUGUUUAAAUAAUUUUCUAGGUAAAAAUCUUUCUCAAAGGAGAUGUCUUUUUAAUGUUUCGUGGUAGAAAGUAUCCAAAUCUAGUAUUAUAAAAACAUCUUGUGUCUUCACGUCUUCGGCUAGUUUCAGAUACUGAACCCCAUAAUUACUGAUGUCUCUCUGACGAAAGGCUUUCAUGGAACUGGCAUGAUUGGCAGCACAUUAUGUCACGUUGAAGCUGCCAUAGUGCUAACAUUCACAUGAUAUUUUGCAGGAUACUGAGGUGGCUGAUUGAUGAGCAAGAGAAGUUAGAGGAAAAUAAGCUUCCAAAAAUAAACUUUGUGAUCGUGGAAAUGUCUCGUGAGUAAUCACCACUCUUUUCCUAUAUCCUAAAUACGUAGAUGACCGAUCGAGUGACGGUAACAGGCGCAAUGAUUAUUUGAAUCUGUAACUAUUUGUUGUCAUUUGAUUUUGAGUCGAAUGACCGAGUGCUUCAAACUAGAAUCAAGUUAAUAUAACCACCUGACCCGUCAAGUUUUCUGUCUUCUAACAGCGGUCAUCAACAUAGACACCAGUGGUAUUCACGCCUUGGAAGAUCUAUACAAGAGUCUACAAAAGAAGGGUAUUCAGGUAAUCAGUUCGUAAUUAACGGAUCGCAGCACUUACAUCGAUAUUUAGAGAUUAAUCUAUCUUUUCGGGCACUAAGUACCUGAUAACCUAAAACUACGAUGAAAGAUUCGUCAUUGAGAAUGUGUCCAAGAUGUUAUUAUGAUCUUGUUUAAAUCAGAUGAUAUCUAAGAGGAGUUUUCGAGUUACCAGUUACAAGAUCGAGCAUAUUCUCGUGCAGCUGGCUCUUGCGAACCCAGGGGAGCAAGUGGUCGCGAAACUCCAUGCAGCCGACUUCAUAGAGCGCAUAGGUCAGGACAAGAUCUUCCUCACUGUUAAGGAUGCCGUCGCCGCGUUCGGGGGAAAACCGGUACCAUCUGUAUGA